CUUUGUCUCUCUAACCUUUUUUUAAGCCGAAAAACCGCAUUUCUAUCAAUAAAAUAAAGUUUUUUUUCUUCGUAAUUUUAAUGAAAGAGUGUCUUUAAUUUACGUUUUUAUUCGUUAUAAUCUAGAUUUUGUAAUCAAGUUAAUUAAAGUUGAAUGUAAAAUGCAAUCAAGAAAUAAGGAAAGGUCUUCUCAGUUUGACAGCACAGCAGACAUGAUCUGUCAACAAAAUCGGAAUAUUGUAGACAAAUUUUGGAAUCAUUAAUUCGGUUGUUGAGUUUUUGUUCUUUUUUUUAAAUGAAAGCUCGAUAGCUAGGAAUCCGUUAGUGAAUUUAGAAUUUUUUUCUAAUUGGGAAGAUGAGUGAGAAUCAGCUUUAUGACGAGCCACCUUUGCUGCAAGCCAUUUUCCGAGGAAAUUAUGAGGGGGUCCAAUCAAUGUUACAAGAUGAGGACAUUAAUUGGCAAGAUUCCGAAAAUCGUUCGCUUCUACAUGCUGCAGCAUAUAGGGGCGAUGUUCGAAUUGUUGAAGUUUUAAUAUCGAGGGGGGCUGAUGUGAACAAAAAAGACAAAUCUGGUCAAAUUCCGCUCCACAAGGCUUGUUAUUCUAAUAAUAGAGCAACGGUUAAUAUUCUUUUAAAACACAAAUCACAAGCUGAUGCUAAAGAUUGCAAUCAACAAACUCCACUUCAUAUUGCAGCAGCUAAUAACUCAGUUCAUUGUGCGAAGCAUUUGGUGCCUCUUGUGAAUAUUAAAGCCAAAGAUAGCGAGGGAAGAACGUGUUUACAUCACGCUGCUUUUAAUGGUCACGAAAGCAUGACUGAAUUUCUAUUGAGCCAACGAGGAUCUUUGAUGGAAGAAGGUGACAAAAAUGGCAGAAGGGCUUUGCAUUUAGCAGCCCAUAUGGGAUAUGACAAUAUAGUGGAGAUUUUACUUGAAAAUGAAGUUCAGAUCGACGCAAAAGAUCGUGAUUUAUACACACCAUUGCAUGCAGCUGUCGCUUCUGGAAGGAUAAAAUGUAUGCGGCUUUUGAUAGAAGCAGAAACGGAUAUCGAGGCUCGAACAUUUAACGGAAAUACUCCUUUGCAUGUUGCGUGUUUAAAUGGCCAGGCGAAUGCCCUCACGGAAUUAAUCAGCAAUGGAGGAAAUAUUGAGGCGAGAAAUUCUCAGGGACAGACACCUUUGCAUAUCGCUUCUGCGAGUUCGGAUGGCGCCGAUUGUUUCGAAAUUCUGCUUCAGUCAGGAGCGCAAAUUAAUGUUCAGUCUGCAAUCGGCCGAACUCCUCUUCAUAUGACCACGAUUCACGGAAGAUUUACUCACUCGAAAAGUUUAUUGGAUGCGGGGGCUCUACUAGAAACUAAAGACAAUAAUGGAAAUACUGCUCUUCAUUUUGCGGCUUGGUACGGCCACGAAUGUUUGACGAUGAAGCUUUUGGAACACGGCGCCUCGCCUUCGUCAAGGAAUUCUUUGCAACAGACGCCUUUACAUUUUAGUUGUUUAAAAGGUCGCAUUGAAGUUUGUAGAAAACUGCUACAGGUGGACAUUCGGCAUAUUGAUGCUAAAGAUGCGAGGGGAAGAACGCCUUUGCAUUUAGCAGCUUUCAAGGGUUCAGUGAAUUGUCUAGACCUUUUGCUUUCGAGCGGAUCCGAUUUUCGAAAGACUGACGACGAGGAUAGAUGGCCUCUACAUUAUGCCGCCAGUCAAGGCCACUAUCUCUGUAUUUUUACUCUUGUUAGUUUUGGUAGCGAUCCGAAUGCAAAAGACACAAAGGGAGUCACUCCUUUGCAUUUUGCCGCUGCGGCUACCCAUCCGGCUGAAUCAUGCGCUCAAUGUGUCCAGUACUUAAUUGACCACAAAGCAGAUCCAUUUUUGCGGGAUAACAAUAAUUUUGCUGCAAUUCAUUAUGCGACUGUCGGUGGAAAUCAACAGACGAUCCAAAUUCUUCUACAAACUUAUCAACGAUCUGGCUCAUCGUCUUCACUGAAUGAAGUUCUUCUCUCGCCUUCACUCACACCUUUACAUUUAGCGGCUUAUCACGGGCAUCGAGACAUCAUUCACUUACUUCUUCGAUUUUAUCCGGACGUGAAUAUCAAGGAAGAAAAGGGAAAAACGCCCUUAUAUUUAGCAAAAAGAAGAGGCCAUGACGACUGUGUCGAACUUUUACAAGAUCGCAAAACUUUAGAUGUAGAAGAAAAUUCCACGGAUCUAAAAAGUCCGACAAUUUGUUACUCUGCUCACUGUGAAAUUAAGUCCCUAAUUGAUAUUCUCGUAGAAAAAACGACACGGAUUCAAGAAACAAAUGGGGAAACUGAUGUUCGAUUAAAAAGACAUUACGAGCAAUAACGAGGAAUUUUUUAUAUCGUCUCAGACUGUUUUAUCUUUUACGGAAAAGCAUCAAAAGCUGGUUGUAUUCUUUUAUUUAGUUUCGGAAAAAAUAGAUAUUAGUUUUUUUUUGUGUCAAAUAUUUUAAAAUUUGGAAGCUUUACUUUGGAUGAAUCAGAAUUUAGAAAUUAAUCUUUUAAUACUCAUAAUAUUUGUAAGGUGUCGUCAUUUAAAAAAAUUUUAAGAGUAGAAAACAGCGUUUAAAAUUUCCAAGGAAUUUAUAUUGGCAACUUUAGUUUGAAGGACAUUAGACAAGUUUAAAAUUGGUAAUUUUAAGCUUGGAAAAUUUUCAAAUUAAAAAUAAGACUUAAAGUUGUUUGCAUAAUUCUUGAAUGGACCCAAAUAAUCUCACUUUUUAUCACCGACAAGCAAAAAUUAAAAAAAAAGCACAAGCAUGACAAUAUAAGUAAGAAAUGAACAAAUGAAUAAUGAAAAUGUGUGAAAAAAUAUUGCAUAAUUGACUGCCAGUAUGAAAAACUGUGAGUUUGUAAUUGUAAAUAAAAAUCGAAAAUCGACGAUCAAGUUUAAUUUCUUCAAAUAGAGAUUUUGUAAAACUUAAUAGUAAAAAUGAACUGAAUUAAAAUUAGAAUUGAACAAAAGUACUGAAAAACUAAGUAAAAUUUGAGGGAAGGUAACUUGAUUUUUGAUUUUAAAUUUGAUUAAUUGUAAGAAACAAAAGACUCUGCUGAAUCGAUACUCUCUGCAGUGAAUACUUGAUAUUUCAGAUGGUACAAAAUUUGCUGCAGUUUUUUGUUGUUGCAAAUUAUAGUUCACUGAAUAGUGGAAAAAUAGUAGAGCUUAUUUAUUUUCCAUUUUUCUAAAAGAAAUAAUCAGAUAAUCGCCUACUCAAAAAUUCUCUCGCUAAAAUCAAUAACCAAUGUACUAUAUAAUUUAUUGUUUAAUUUAGACUUUGUUUAAUUUAGAAAAUAUCUUAUUUAGGGACUAUUCAAUUGAAAAUUAUGGUCGUAGGAUAAAUUUAAUUUAGGAAGUGUUGAAUUAGUGAUUUGAAAAUUUCAGGAUGAAACACAUUUUAUAAAUCUCCCAGGUUUAAGUUUAUGACCUUAAAAGAACUGAAGUUUCGAUAGCCUAGGAUUUAAUUUACUUUAGCAAGAAUUUAAUUAAGAAAAUAAUAAAUUCAAUUAAGAAAAAUAUUUAAUAUACUUAUUACAUUAAAUUCUAUUAACUUAAUACACAUUUAUUUCUAGUACCAGUCUUAAAAGUCGGUGCUUGAAUUCUUAAGGUCAGUAAAGAAAAGUUUUAAACGAAAGUCGAUACUUUAAUUACCUUAGAAUUUAGAUAAGAAAUAUUUACCAUUUAUAUUGUAAGAUCCAGAAUAUAAAUGCAAGAGAUUUUAGAAUAA